AUGUUACGAAUCACUUUUUCUAUUUUGUUGGUCGUCUGUUUAACGGCGGCGGACGUGUUAUUAUCAAACAAUUUCAUUAAUCAUAUUAAUUCAGUUCAAUCAUCGUGGCGUGCAGGUUCAUCAAAAUUUCAAUCAUGGCCAUUGGAAUCAAUCAAACAUUUAAUGGGUGUCAGAGAAGGAUAUUUUGAAGAAUUGAAAACUAUUGAAUCACUAGUGCAUGAUGUACCCAAUGAUAUACCAGAUAAUUUUGAUGCAAGUAUGUAA